AUGUCCCUACAGAAGAUCGCGGAAGACGCCUGCAUUUGGUGGCAUUUGCCCCUCAUUGCAGUCGGCGUGGCGAGCUUGAUGGUGGCCCUUGGCCUCUUCUGUUCACACCGACGGGCAGGGAAGAGGCUUAAGCUUGACAAUGUCAUGACUUGCUUGUACCGCGACCUGUGGCAAGAAGAUGAAGGCACAAUCGAGCUGUACACUGAGAGGUUGGGCAAGCUUGGUGUUAGCAAAGCCGCCGUGCAAGAACAGGUUGAUGAGAUGAGAGCUGCCCAAAGCAGACAGGCCGGCGUAAGCAUGCGGUACCUGCUCUCGGACAGCCUUGCUGUGCUGGCCGCAGAACGCACGGGCAAAUCAGAUCCAAGCUUCAUCGACAUGAAAGACGGCUUCUGGCUUGCCAGCAAUCCCAUCGGGCAGAACUUGCGUUGUCCACGCGAUGGCAAACCAGGCUGUGCCCUGGUUGAUUGGCUUCCUCGCUUGGACCGCCAUCAGCAGACGCAUGUUCUUUCCUGGACCUGGCAGUAUCGUCUCACGCAAGUGACAAGCGCCCUGCAAAGCUACCAGCCGGUGGCCGCCGUGGAAGAGGUGUUCUUCUUCAUGUGCUUCUUCACCCAUUUUGGCUCAAGAAACUUGGAGUGCAGCGGCGACUUCAAUUGGUGGUGGACGGCCUCCACCGACUAUGCAUGCCAAUUUUCUUGUGGCGGCUACUUGCUGCGCUUGCCUUUGUUGCCGCAGUGGAUUAAGGCCAAGUCGGGGUCUGAGCUGUCUGUUCAAGGGCCCUGUGAGGAAGAUGCUGGUGAUUCUUUGCCUGUGUACGGUGACCGGCUGGCCUCCCAGGUAUCACCAUCUGAUGAAGAGAUUCGAUCCACAUUGCAAAAGAUGCUGGAGACGACUGCCACUGCUCCCUCUGGCGCUGCGCCCCUCAUACCUGACCGCAAACAGCCAAAGCCUCAGUUGGUAAGUCAAGGCUGGGACGCUAAGUGCCGCAUUGUUGCUGUUAAGACGUUGCAUGCCCUUCCUGAUGAUCCAGGGUCAGUAGUCGUGGUGGCACAUACUGACGAGGAACUACAGGAAGUGCUUGAAUGGGCCGCUGCUGCAAGCCCAACUGGUCCGGUCGCAUGCGUUGACUUUUUCACGCAGGGGCCCUUGCAAGCAGGCAAAGCUGAAGGUUGCGAUGUCCUGGUCCGUUUUCCCAACUCCCCUGCCAUUGUGUCUAAAAGGGCCGUCCUCCACUUGAUCACGGACAAUGGGCCCAAGCCGAUUUCGCUGGAACCCAAGGAGGAAUUUCAGGACCUGGCCAAUUCUACUCCUGACAAGAAGGAGCAGGCGCUGCACUCUAUGCCAGUGGUCUGGUGGUUACUGCACUUCAUCACAAUCUUCACCAACAAUCAGUUUCGAAUUAUCGUGGAAGAAAGUGCAGUUGGAAGUUCCGACCUCGAGCAGGUCUUUGAGACCAAUCUUACCCGCAUAGGAAAGAUGGUUGCGCUGCUCGACUCCUGGCAUGAACCUGUUUACCUGUCCAGGGUCUGGACUGUGUACGAACAGUUUGUAGCCUCCAAGCUGCAGAUUCCUGUGACCUUCAUCAUGCCGGAAGACUCUGCGAUCUCAUUGCGUGAAACGGUGGAACAUUGGAAGACCGGCAUCGCACAAAUCACCGGGUCCCUACGCGCUGUUGAUGCAGAGCACGCCAAAGCCUGGAAGCCGGAAGAUGAGGAAAAAGUGAAGUCGCUGAUUCGGCAGACGGUGGGUUUCGAGCAGGUGCACCAGCACGUGACCCAAACCAUGAUACGCUGGGUCAGCCAGGCUAUGAAGCAACACAUCCACUCGCUCGUAGAAGGGGUCCCUGAUGAGAGUCCACCCGUGCCCCAGGUGAUCAUUUCACUCUGA